AGUAUGUAUUUGUUAAGGCCAGGAAAGGGCACCUGAGCCAGGCCUUCUGCUUAAGGCGUGUCUCACUACAUGCCAGUCCCUCUGCUUACAGAUUUUAGAUAUCUGAAACAUCACAACAGCUUCUUGGUGGUUCUCAGGAUUAAAGAGGUUUGGAGGUUGCUAUGUUCAUGCUGCUUGUCUUUGGAGCAUUGCUUCAUGAAGUUCCCCUGAGUGGCCAAGACGAGGUUCCUCCCCAGGCUGAUGGCAUUCUGGGUGCCCCUCUGUUCAACUAUGCCAGCCUCCGCCUGCCAGAAGAGCAUAUUCCCUUCUUUUUGCACAAUAAUAGGCAUAUUGCCAUGGUCUGUAAGAAAGACUCGCAUUGUCCUUAUAAGAAACACUUAGAAAAUUUAAAGUACUGCUGGGGUUAUGAGAAAUCCUGCAGACCAGAGUUCAGGUUUAGUUACCCUGUUUGCACCUACGUGGAUAUGGGAUGGACGGACACUCUUGAAUCAGCCCAGGAAAUAUUCUGGAAGCAAGCUGACUUUGGGUAUUCCGGAGAGCGGCUGCAGGAACUCCAUGUGCUCUGCCAGCCGAAGGGAAUGAAUGACUCAAGUCUAGUGUGUUCCCGUUACCUUCAGUACUGCAGAGCGACCAAUCUCUACCUUGAUUUAAGAAACAUCAAGAGAAACCACGACAGAUUUAAGGAAGAUUUUUUCCAGAGCGGGGAAAUUGGAGGACACUGUAAACUUGACAUUCGUAUGUUGAUGUCUCAAGGCCAGCGCAAAAGCCCUUUGCAGUCUUGGUUUGCCGAGCUACAAAGCUAUACUCAGCUCAACUUCAGACCAGUAGAAGAUGCUAAGUGUGACAUUGUUAUUGAGAAACCAACCUACUUCAUGAAAUUAGAUGCAGGUGUUAACAUGUAUCACCACUUCUGUGAUUUCAUCAAUCUUUAUAUUACUCAGCACAUUAAUAAUUCCUUCAGCACAGAUGUGCACGUUGUGAUGUGGGACACGAGCUCCUACGGAUAUGGUGACCUGUUCUCCGAUACAUGGAAAGCAUUUACUGAUUAUGAUGUUAUACAUUUGAAAACUUAUGAUUCCAAAAGGGUGUGUUUUAAAGAAGCUAUUUUUUCCUUACUCCCCCGGAUGAGGUACGGGCUGUUCUAUAAUACCCCUCUGAUAUCUGGCUGUCAAAAUACCGGAUUAUUCCGGGCAUUUUCUCAGCAUGUACUACACAGACUGAACAUCACACAAGAGGGUCCCAAGGAUGGAAAAAUUCGAGUCACCAUUCUCGCACGGAGCACAGAAUACCGGAAAAUACUCAACCAAAAUGAGCUUGUAAAUGCACUGAAAACGGUAUCUACAUUUGAGGUCCAGAUUGUCGAUUAUAAGUAUAAGGAACUUGGGUUUUUAGAUCAGCUAAGGAUCACGCAUAACACGGACAUAUUUAUUGGAAUGCAUGGAGCUGGUCUUACCCAUUUACUUUUCCUUCCAGACUGGGCUGCUGUGUUUGAACUAUACAACUGUGGAGAUGAACGCUGUUACUUGGACCUGGCCAGGCUGAGAGGCGUCCACUACAUCACUUGGAGAAGGCAGAGCAAAGUCUUUCCUCAAGAUAAGGGCCACCACCCAACUCUGGGGGAACAUCCGAAGUUUACCAACUACUCUUUUGAUGUAGAAGAAUUUAUGUACCUUGUCCUUCAGGCUGCAGACCACGUAUUGCAACACCCGAAGUGGCCAUUUAAGAAAAAACAUGAUGAGCUAUAAAUGUGUUGAGUCUUUUUGCCAAAAGGGAGUGUUUAAACGGUCCUCCGCCCAGACUCACCUCACAGUUAAAUAGGUAAAACAGCCUGUUUUCUCCUAGCCCCAAAGUACCUUUUUUUAAUACCAAAACAUGCCUUCAGGGUAUUACUUAUGUGUUUUAUAGUCUUUAACUGUUUCAUGUGAUUGUUGUGUCAUUGCUAUUUAUCAAGAUACUCUUUUUGCACUGAAAACUUUACUUUUUAUAGUUCAGAAACUGGGCCUGGGCUCACUGCCGUAAUUGAGCUUUUUUCUUAGGGAUACCAAAGUUUGCAACUUUCUUAGCUUUAGAAUUUGUAAAUGUUUUUAUAGAAUACCAUGAGCUCGUCAUUCAAGAGGCUUCCAACUUGUUAAUGAUAUAUUUGAGCAAAUUCACAACUCAUUUAUUUGCCAUGAUUUGUUCA